AUGGCGGAGGCCAGCGUGGGGAGGGCGCUCAGGGAUGGCUCCCUGGAGGGGGAGCACGCAGUCGCCCUCUCCCUCAGGGAUUCACUUUCCUGCCCCCUCGGCGCCCAAGUAUUCGGCCACUUCUUCCGUGGCCUCGCCGCCAACAUCGCCGCCGGCAGGUCCUCCGCCCGGUGGGUCCGCUGACCAUCCUCCCCCUCUCCUCGCCCUCCUCCCCUGCCUCGCCUCUUUUUCAUCUUCCUCUGUACUAUCAGUUCUUCUCUGUGUUCUCCUUCGUGAUCUCCUGUUGAUUAGCUGGGAACCUUCUGCAGUGGCCUCGUGCUCGUCGCGCUCGAUCGGAGCCCGUCGCUCUACCUCGAUCUUCUGAAGAGCGGGGGGCUUAAUUGCGUUGGGUCCGGCGUUAACUGGUUCGUCUGCUUCCUCCGACCUGCUUUCCCUUCGGCUUCUGUUGGGCCUUGAGUGAGCUAGCCGAAUUAAGGGGAAACGAACGUGCAGGUUUAGGGUUUUGGACUGUUACUCUGAUCCUCUCGGCUGGAAAGCCCGCCUCCCUUCCUCCCUUCGUCUGGGCGGCGACGCCUCUGUGGAAGAACUGCAAACCCUCUUCACGGAUGUGAAGGACGUUGACCGAUUGCUUUCUCUAGUCCUCGACCUUGGAAGAGGUACGGAAGAGCCGACGGCUUCUCUAAGGCCUGGUCUGUCCUGGGUCGGCGUCGAUGGGAAUCGCCAUUUUCGGCCCUGUGUGCUUCUUCUUUUGUACUACGGAAAACUUUCACGUGAGUUUUGUUCUCUUUGGACAUACUGAAUCCCUAGGUUUUUCUCUGCGUGCAGGAAUGGUGGGAGAAGGAAAGCGCCGCUUCGCCGUCGCCGUUGACUCGGUACUUCCCCCCAUUUCUGUCUAGGGUUCCUGGUUCAGGGUCGUUAACCUCGAGUGCUAAGACCCGACGUAGAACUGGGGCCAAUUAUGAUUUGCUUCAACAGAGCUAGCAGCUUCAUCCUCCUCCCAAGUGUGAGCUUCACCUGUUGUACCCUUCUCAGGUCAGCGCGCUGCUCAGACGCGCUUCGCUCCAAUCAGUUGCGAGCUUCAUCAGUAAUCUCCGGGGCCAUGGUAUGAAUUCACGCGCCCAUUAUCUCGGAAUCAAAGGAGUCGCCCCCCAAUUGGGUUUGAGAGAUCCUCUCCCAUCACCUUCAUCCAUUCAAUCCGAGUAGCCGAUCAAUCUUCGCGUGAUUCUUCCUCCAGGUCAGGUCUCAACUGUCCUCUGGCUACUACAGUCAGACCUUCACGAGUCCAGGAUAUGCGCCGCUUUCGAUUACAUUUCCACCAUGGUUGUCCUCUUGGAGCCCGAAAUUGAAAACCCGGGGACAGAAAGAGGAGGCUCAAAUCUCGAACAGAAUUUCCGAGGGGGAAGGUUCCAUCUGCGGAUGAAGCGGCGCAAUGGAAGGGUGAAGGUCCUCGUAAGUCCCUUCAUCAUCAUCAUCGUCGUCGUCAUCGCCACCAGUCAUUGCUAAAAACUUUCUUUUUACCUCGGCAUUGAUUCAUGGCCUCGGAACCCAGUGCGAAGAAUUCUUCGUGGAGACUGCUGGGGUGAAGUUUUUCUCGACUCCUUUGUCUGAAAGUAAGAUCGCCGAGCAGACACUGCUGCCAAAGGUCUGUUCAAUCUAGGUGGGCAUGUAUCCCAGUUUUGCACCUCGUUUCUCUGCAUUUGGUCAUAUAAUCACGGGGUUUAUCUCCAUUUCCAUUUGCAUUUGCAGUUGCAGUUGCAGUUUAAUCUCCAGUUAUCAGAGAAGGAGCGGAUGGACAGGGAAAAAGUGGUGCUCCCAUUCGAACACCAAGGUCUGGUCCUCCACCUACCUUUUGUUCAUCGUGAUCUCCAAAACUUUUACUUAUUUUUCAAAAUUAUUUACCAUGAUCUCUUUAUGGAUGCACCUUAAUGGUCGCUUACUUAAUUUUUACCAAGUAUUUCUGUAGAGCAAAGCAUUUCAAAAGAGUUUCGGUGAUAUGGUGUGUGGGUGCACAGUUAGUUCUGAUUAUUACUGAACCGAAAUUGAAAUAAUUAUUAUUCUUUAAGAAUUAAUCAUCUUGGGAUGGUUGCACCACUCCAUGGUUCAUGGCAAGAACAGAGGUCAACGGUAGCUCUUCGUCACAUAUUUCUGCCAUCUUUUUUAAAAAAAAAAGAAAAGGGCCACGAGUGGCAAAAGUUGUUGAUCCUCCCGGGUUUCAAUUUCUAUAGCUAUUAGCUCUUUCGGCCCCACUUUUUUUCUCUAGAUUAAAUAAUAGCGUCUAGAUGAUCAACAGGUUUGGGUCUUCUAGAUGAGGAAGCUUCAUUGUGAUAAUUCUCCUCUGAGCUUCCCCAAGCAGCCUCUCAAUCCAUCAAUUUGGUCAUUAAGAUCAUAUCAGGCAUCCUAGGAAAUCGAUCAAAUUUGAUGCACUUCACAUAUCAGAAGGCUGGAUUAUAUUUCUUCAAUGUACACCUUUUCCACCUUCGUUUCUGGAUUAAUCUUUUCCCUCUAAAGAUGGUGAAAAAGAGAAAUACCCCAUUUUUCCACUUCGAUCUGCCGUUCUUGAACAUGGGUCUUCUCAUCUCACCUCAUCUCUGAUGCUAUACUAUUAUCAUCAUCAUCAUCAUCAUUCCUAUUAUUAUCAGUUUAUUAUUAUUAUUAUUAUUAUUAUGGUUGUUCUUCUUCUCGAAGUUUUUUCUCAGCCAUAUCGGAUGUUUCUUUCUUAUUUUCAGGGAAUGGCAAGGCUGUGAGGAUAUACGACGGCCGCCGAUCCACUGAAGAGUUGGGGCCUACGGGGGGCGGUGAGGCAGCUGAGUUGGGCAGGGCAGUCGGCAGCGGUGGCGGCGGGAAGGGCGAGAUUCACUACGUCCGAGACUCCGACGAGGAGGAGUUGCCAGACUCGGAUGAGGACCCCGACGAUGACCUUGACAUAUGA